AUGAGAAGACCUCUGAUCCCCGAUUCAAGAACGCCGUCGCCUACGUCGUCGCUCACGAGCUUGCUCACCAGUGGUUCGGCAACCCUUGUCACCAUGGACUGGUGGGAUGAGCUCUGGCUCAACGAGGGUUUCGCUACCUGGGUCGGUUGGCACGCUGUUGACCACCUGCACCCUGACUGGCAAGUCUGGGCUCAGUUCGUCAACGAGGGUAUGGAGGCUGCUUUCCGUCUCGAUGGUAUCCGUGCCAGUCACCCUAUCCACGUUCCUGUCCGAGAUGCUCUUGAUGUCAACCAGAUUUUCGACUCCAUCAGCUACCUCAAGGGUUGCUCUGCCAUCCGCAUGCUUGCCAACCACCUCGGUGUCGAGACUUUCCUCAAGGGUGUUUCUAACUACCUGAAGGCUCACGCUUAUGGAAACGCUAAGACUACUGCUCUCUGGAACGCCCUUGGUGAGGCCUCUGGCAAGAACGUCACUGAGCUUAUGAACCCUUGGAUCUCCAAGAUCGGUCACCCCGUUCUUACUGUUGCUGAGGAGCCUGGUCAGAUCUCUGUCAAGCAGUCUCGAUUCCUGUCUACCGGAGACGUUAAGCCCGAGGAUGACACCACCACCUGGUGGGUUCCCCUCGGUCUUGAGGGCAAGAAGGACCACGCCGGUAUCGCCUCUCUGUCUCUCACCACCAAGGAGGACACCAUCCGUGACGUCGACGACCACUUUUACAAGCUUAACAGCGGUGCCACUGGUUUCUACCGUGUCAACUACCCCCCUGAGCGCCUCGCCAAGCUUAGCAAUCAGCUAGACAAGCUCAGCACCGAGGACAAAAUCUCUAUCAUUGGUUCCACCGCCGACCUUGCCUUUGCCGGCAACGGCACCACCCCUGCUCUGCUGACCUUCCUCGAGGGAUUCGGCAAGGAGAGCCACACUCUGGUCUGGCGCCAGGUUCUUGACUCCAUUGGUGGUGUCAAGUCCGUUUUCGGAGAGGACGAGUCUAUCAAGAAGGCUCUGGAUAAGUUCACACUGAAGCUCAUUGACCAGAAGGUCAAGGAGGUUGGCUGGGAGUUCCCUGAGGGCGAGGACUACCUCACCGGUAUCUUGCGAAAGGAGAUCAUUGGUGUUGCUGUUGCCUGCGGCCACCCUGCUGUCACCGAGGAGGCUCUGAAGCGAUUCAACACUUGGGUUGAGAACCCCGAGGCUGGCUCUAUCCCCGCUCCUCUCCGUACCGCUAUCUGGCGCGCUGCCAUGAUGAAGGAGCCUGCCCGUACUGUUGAGAUUCUCAAGAAGGAGUGGUUCAACACCAAGUCUAUCGACGGCAAGCUUCUCUCCCUCAGCGUUCUCGGCACCGUCAAGGAUGCUGAGCUCCUCACCAAGGAGGUCAUUCCCUUCAACUUCAACGAGUCUCCUCCCUCCAACGCCGUCCCUGCCGGAGACAUGCACGUUCUCGGUGGCUCUGUCGCUAGCAACGUCAUUGGCCGUCCUUUGCAAUGGAAGUUCAUGCAGGACAACUGGGAUGCUGUCAUCACCAAGCUUGGCAACCCUGUUGUCGUCGACCGAUACAUGAAGCUCAGUCUGGGCAGCUUCACCAACGUGUCUGCUGUCGAUGAGAUCGAGAAGUUCAUGGCCGACAAGGAUACCAGCAGCUUCAACCGAACUCUGGAGACUGUCAAGGAUAAGAUCCGUGGACGUGCUGCGUACCGCGAGCGUGACUCUGAGAAGCUCAAGGAGUGGCUCAGCGCUCAUGGAUAUGCUUGA